AUGCUGCGAGCAGCUGCAUAUGCACUGCGCUUCAGUCAUAAUGCUUCGAAAAAACAACCAAAAUUGAUCGGGCAACUACAGCAGUCGGAGCUUCGAGCAGCAGAAACGAUGAUUAUUAAACAAGCGCAACGCGAAACUUACCAAGAUGAGAUUGCUGCUUUGUUAUUCGAAGCGCCGAACAAACCUAAUCAAAAAAACAUUGGAAAAGACAGUUCUAUCUACCAAUUGGUACCCAUUUUGGAUGAAAAAGGCGUGUUGCGCGAGCAAGGUCGGUUUGGGGCAGCAAAGGUGUCUUAUAACGUGCGUCAUCCUAAAAUCUUACCAAGGAAACAUCAAAUAACAGAGCUUCUAGUGGAUCGGUAUCAGCGCGAGUAUCAUCAUGAUAACGCUGAAACAGUAACCAACGAAAUUCGUCAGCUCUAUACCAUUCCUCGGCUGCGCUUAGUAGUCAAGAAAGUCUUUCGUGAUUGUCAACUCUGCAAGGUUCGUCAAGCAAAACCGAUGGUUCCCCUGAUGGCUCCACUUCCAAAAGCACGUCUGGCACAUCACGAGAAAGCCUUUACAUACACGGGCGUAGACUAUUUUGGACCACUAGUGGUGAAAAUGGGGAGAUCAAAUGUGAAACGGUGGGUGGCUCUUUUCACCUGCUUGACGGUGAGAGCAGUUCACUUAGAAACUGCUUAUACAUUGUCGACCGAAUCUUGCGUUUCCUGUGUUCGGAGAUUUGUCGGUCGUCGUGGAUCGCCUGCUGAAUUUUUCAGCGAUAAUGGGACCAACUUCCAAGGAGCCAAUCGUGUGCUACAGUAUCAGAUAAGCCAGGGACUAGCCGAAACGUUUACUAGUAUCAACACCAAAUGGAAUUUCAUUCCACCGGGAGCUCCCCACAUGGGAGGUGCGUGGGAGCGCCUUGUGCAAUCGGUUAAAGCAGCAAUGGGUGAUGCUUACGUCGAGGGGUUGCAAACACUGGUCGUGGAGGCUGAAAGACUCGUAAACUCUAGACCUCUGACAUAUUUACCGCUCGAUUCUGAGGAAUCAGAGGCACUUAUUCCGAACCAUUUUCUUUUGCUGGCUUUGAACGUGCUGGUUCGACGACAAGUCCUAGGCAAGUCCUGGGAUCAGAUUCAGCGCAAGCUGGAUGGUUUUUGGAAACGAUGGCUAUUGGAGUACUUACCGGUGAUUCGUCGGCAACCAAGAUGGUUUGACGAAACGCGAGAGCUGGAGCCAGGGGAUCUGGUGAUGGUUGCAGACCCCACGGUACGAAAGGGAUGGGAACGCGGGCGAAUUUUACGGAUAAUCCGAAAUCGAGAUGGUCGAGGUCGCCGGGCCGUUGUGAAGAUCUGUGGAAAAACUCCAGUGCGACCUGUGUCACGGUUGGCGUUGCUGGACGUGAAGAAGAGAGGUGAAGCUCUAGAUGACUCCAGACUACACCCGGGGGAGACUGUUGACGCAGAAAACGCCCAGCUGACCACCCUAGCUACUUUUAGUACUCGAGGCGUUGCGUCGCCUGAUCAAGCGACGCGCCAGUUCAACUGA